AUGGCCAAAUUCCUCAACUUCGAUCUCAUCGCGAGGGUGAUAGAACUCUGUCGAGAUGACUACGGCCUCCUCUAUCAUUGCUCGUUGGUUAACUGGGAAUUCAAUCGGGCAGCAUCAAGAAUGCUCUAUGCUCAUGUCGUCAUCUCACCCAUGUUUAAGCCUGUGCUGAACCUAAGGGAUACAAGCUCGAUACCGGAAAACUCGAACUUUCCAUCCGCGAUUCUAUCCAGAAACGCAUCUUACGUGCUCGUAUUGGAGAUCAGUGGAUAUAUCUCUCCUCGGUCACCACCGCGCAACACGAUCGCACAAACGAUAGCUAGUUCCUUACUGCUCUUCACUAGCCUCCAAACCGUUAUACUCACGCCGGCAACGUACCAUGAAGAACUGUUCUCCCCCAGCAUUCCGCUCCUUAUUGCGAGAAACACGAUACCUGAAGAACAGGGAGAUGGCGGUCCUAGUCUUAAUCUGUCUCCCUUGGCGAGCCUAGUGGUGAACGCAUCGUGCACAGAUGACGCGCAUGCGCCAGAUCUCGUGAAGAUAUCCCACCUAAGAAAGAUUGGGUUGGUCAGUCCUGGACGAAAAAUACUUGAACUGUUGCCAACAUGGCUGAAAAGAUUGGAGAGGGAACCUAGUAGAGGUGUAAAAGAGCUGCAUCUCAAGGCAAACUGCGGCUCCGUCACUCCUGGAGUGCUCAAAGCGAUCUUACCGCACAUCCAGAACAGCGUACAGGCACUGACUCUCGGCCUUUCGUACUCGCUGACGAACGACGACGUGUUCGGCUUCAUCUCACAGUUGCACCACCUUCGGCAUCUCGAGCUUCGGUAUUAUUGGCAACUCAAACAGCCGGCACAUCCUCCUUCCCUUCCCCAACUCCGUACAUUCGUCGUCUCGUUCAUGCACACAAACACCGUCCCGGAGACCCAGGCCCUAGAUAAGUGGAUUCGGCGUGCGAUCGAGCUGUCGCCCCUCCUCGAGGAGCUCAAGCUCGUCUCAGACUCUGACGGCGACAAUUCUACCCCCAACGACGACGGGGCGCAGGUCGCGCACGACUCCCUGAUCGACCAUUUGGUCAAGAAACAUAGUAUACGGCUGAGAGUCCUUACGAUGACCACGUCGUUUGUUAACGGGAAGGCACUGAGAGUGCUGUUUGACCGGUGUGGAGGCUUAGAGGAGAUCUCGACUAGGGUGAAUAAGACCGUUUUCACAAUACUCCGCGAAAGUAAGAUGGCAGUUCCGCAUCUCCGCUCGGCUUCGUUCCAAAUCUGCAAUGUCAAGAGAGGAUUUCAAGUUGAUCCAGCGGUGGUGGAAGAGACCAUGCGUAAUGGACCCCUGGCCUUGAGGAACCUAAGAAUUAAUGGAUGCUCGUGGCAGGGCUCGUGGAAAGUGUAUCCAGACACGCUCGCGUCUGAGUUUAUGGUAGCGAGAGCCGAGGAUAAGGUGCCGCCAUGGGGUCGAAGACAAAAGGAAUAG